AUGUACCUGCUGGUAGCCCCAGGUAGCAUCGCCCAACCGUCCGUCACCCUGCUCGCCGAACCUCUGGUGCUAGAUCCUUCCAGUCUGGGUGCUAACGGGGCCCUGCUGGUCCGCCGGAGGGGGGCCGCUAGGGGUCUGGCGCAGCCCGCCAGGAGAGCAGGUACCAGGCGCCAGACCACUGCGGCUACCUGGGGCUACUUCCAGUUGCAAAAGGGCCCCUCCAGCGGCCAUGUCCCGCGACUGGGGGGGUGCAAGGGGGUGCCACGCGCUGUGCGACUCGGCCCUCAGGUAAUAACAACAAAGAUCGGCAGCAAAACGCCGUCGUGCUUCAUCCAAAACUCCAAACUUCAAAACUCCAGAGCUGGAGCCGCCUGUCUUGAACUUUACCUAAACUCUGCCAGGGAUCAACGUCAAGAACGAAAUAAUAUCUGCCGCCGAACAAGGAACAAGGGAAGCAGGACCGAGGCUCCCGCGGCUCCCUCUUGCCACGGGCAUCGAGCCAAAAGCGACGUCAAGUCACGGCCAGCCGAGUCAAGCAGCGAUGAGAUGAGCGCGGCAGGCCGUGGCAGAGCCUGGCAAGGAGAGGCCAACGGUUGGUGGAGAGAGGGGGCAGGCGAGGGAUGA